AUGGAGUCGGCGAAGGAAACAGCAUCAAACGUUGCAGCGUCAGCGAAGUCCGGCAUGGACAAGACGAAAGCCACAGUCCAAGAGAAGGUGGAGAGGAUGACGACCCAUACCCCAGUGGAGAAGGACAUGGCCACUCAGCGUAAGCAAGAGAAGAUAGAUCAGGCCGAGUUGAACAAGCAGGCGGCGCGUCAGCAUAACGCGGCGGCAAAGCAACAGUCCACUACCACCACCACCUCCACCACCGGUGAUACGACUAACACCACAACAGUACCAUUGCAAAGACAUGGCAUGGCCGGACAUCUACACGGACGGGUGGACGAAGCUGCGGUUGGGUCCCACCCCCACCAACAUGGCUCCUAA